AUGUUUAAAUAUUUGAUAAGUAACCCAACUACUAAAACUAUCAACUAUUCAUUUAGAUACAUUAGUUCUACUGUCUCAAAGGGACCAAAAGGAUUCAAGACGGGAACUACAGCAUGUGGACUUAAAAAGAAUGGUAAUAGUGAUAUUUGUGUAAUCUACUCUGAAAGUGCUUGUAACGUUGCCGCUGUAUUCACAGAGAACAAGGUAAAGGCUGCUCCAGUACUCCUCAGUAAAUCGUUGUUGGACACUUAUAGAAACACUGGUUUCCAAUCACUCAUCAUCAAUAGUGGUGGUGCCAAUGCUUGCACUGGUGACCAAGGUAUGACCAAUGCUAAAACAAUGUCAAAUCUAACUUCAUCUACAUUAAAGGUUAAACAACCAAGUUUUGUUAUGUCAACUGGUAUUAUUGGACAACAAUUAGAUAUGAACAAAGUUGAAAAGGGUAUUAAAGAAGCUAUUACUAAAUUAAAUCCAAAUGAUUGGUUAUCUGCAGCCAAAGCAAUUAUGACAACUGAUAAAGUACCAAAAUUAUCACAAAAGAUUAUCAAGUUGUCCGAUGGAAAGGAAGCAAAUAUAGUUGGUAUUUGUAAGGGUGCCGGUAUGAUUCAUCCAAAUAUGGCUACUAUGCUUUGUACAGUCUGUACAGAUGCAGCUGUUGGUGAAGAUGUAUUAAAUCAAAUCUUGAAACAUUCAGUUCACUAUUCUUUUAAUUCUAUCAAUGUUGAUGGUGAUAUGAGUACAAAUGAUACAGUUGUAUUAGUAUCAAAUGGACAAGCUGAUAAUAAGUUGAUCAAUUCUAAUAGUAGCGAAGAUUUUAACAAGUUGCAAGAAGCUAUUAGAUCGGUGAUGACUGAAUUGUGUCAGAUGAUUGUACGUGAUGCAGAGGGUGCAUCCAAGUUUGUUAGUAUUAAUGUGGUUGGUGCUGAUACUGAAGUCAAUGCCAAGACCAUUGCAGACACCAUCUCGAGAUCAUCGCUUGUCAAGACUGCACUCUAUGGUGCCGAUGCCAAUUGGGGUCGUGUUUUGGCAGCCGUUGGAUACAGUGGUGUCAAUAUCGAUCCACUCAAGGUGUCAAUGUGGUUCUCUAUUGGCGACGGCAAGGAUAUCGGAAUUGGAAAAAAGAAUGACCAAAAGGUAUGCAUGCAAUUCCUCGAGAAUGGUCAACCACUCGAAAAAGACGAAAAGAGAGCCGCUGCCAUCCUAGAGCACGGUGACGUAUCGAUCAUUGUCGAUCUUGGUAUGGGCAAACAACAUGCCACCAUGUGGACUUGUGAUUUAACUGAAGAAUAUGUUAGAGCCAAUUCUCAUUAUAGAACUUAA